UGAAUGCAGCACUUUACCCGAUCACUUCUUUAUAUUUUUGUUUCGGCCAUGGCUGUGGCAAUGCUGUGCUAGCUAAGCAGUAUCGAUUUUACGUCGUGGUUGUUGCUUUUUUGUAUACCUUAACGAUAUUUAUGCAACUGCGUCGUCCAAAUUACUAAAACGAAGAUGACAUCUAAACUGAAAGUGGGGAAGGUCGGCUCCAAGAACAAGGAGGAUGCUCCCUACGAGUUGGAGAGCCAGUUUGUUCUGAGGCUUCCUUUGGAAUACGCCUCAACGGUGAGAAGAAUUGCUCAGUCCAGCAGUAUGAACAUGAAGGACAGGCUCACCAUCGAGUUGCACCCUGACGGUCACCAUGGCAUAGUUAGAGUCGACCGCGUCCCUUUAGCCUGCAAACUGGUGGAUCUGCCCUGUAUGAUUGAGUCUCUCAAAACGGUGGACAAGAAGACAUUUUACAAGACUGCUGAUGUUUGCCAGAUGCUGGUGUGUACACUAGAUGGAGACCUUUAUCCUCCUUUGGAGGAGCCAACUGGCACUGACCCCAAGAGCAAAAAGAAGGAUAAAGACAAGGACAAGAAGUUCAUUUGGAAUCAUGGCAUCACCUGCCCCCUGAAGAACACGCGCAAGAGAAGAUUUCGGAAGACUGCGAAAAAGAAGUACAUUGAAUCUCCUGAUGUGGAAAAGGAAGUGAAGAGAUUGCUGAGCACUGACGCUGAGGCUGUCAGUGUCCGGUGGGAAGUUAUAGCAGAGGAUGAGUCCAAGGAAGCAGAUCAGCAUGGCUCUCUAGCCAACCUGGACUCCUCCCCUGGGACCUCAGGACACAAAAUGGGUCACGGAUCCUCUGUCCAGCGAGACGAACUGAGGGAGAUCUUCAACGACAUCAGCAGCUCCAGUGAGGACGAGGAGGACGAGGGGGACCGGCACGAGGACGAGGACCUGAACAUCAUGGACACGGAGGAUGAUCUGGUCCGACAGCUUCAAGACAAACUCAACGAGUCUGAUUCCGCGCAGCAUGAGAGCGACAGGAACAGCCAGAUAGUGAUGGAGUACCAGGUGCAGAUCAACAGCGUUAAGGCCAAGCUCCAAGAGACGCGCGCCCGGAAAAAACAGCAGGAGGAGCUCAUCAUGAAAGUGGAAAACCAGGCCCUCAAAAACCGCUUCCAAGCCUUGUUGGACGAGAUUAUUCAGCAGGAGGAGCGGGAGAUGGAGCAGCUGGCCUCCCUGCAGGAGCAGCUGGACUCACUGAUCGAGAAGUGACCACUAGGGGGCAGUAUCACGUCGUCUCCAACCACGCAUCAUGAAGAUGAGGAGCAGGACGGCCUUCAACCAAGGAGGAAAUCUUUAUAAGCAAAGUUGCUGCGUCAUUCCUUUCAGUUUGUCAUUUUCAUAGCUUACACAUCCGGCGUGCUGUCUUCUUUGAUAAAAACUGUCCAAAUGUUUUAAGUUUACAUUUAAUGUGAGUCUGUGCUUGAGCAUCUGUUAGAUACAUAUGCUGAAGGUGGAACAGCAUUUUCUUAAAGUGUUUAUAAUUCUGUCGAGAUCCAGAAAAAUGUGGUGGCAUAUAGGAGUUUGUGUUGACAUUUCUGGGCGAAAAGAAGGGGCCUUUCAUUGACAAGAUCAUGGAUUAGAUGUUAUAGGUAUAGAUCCAGAGGUAGCCUCAAGUGUUACACCUCACUGAGUGUUCCCUAGAAGUGCUGACUAUUUUAACAUGUAUGCCUCUAUAUGUGUUUGCCAUAGAAUAAAGAAAGAAGCCGUGAAAAGAA